UGUCAAAGUCAAUUGUCAAGCGGUGAACGUGAAAUCGUCAUUCGUACUUGUUUUACAACAAAAGUCAUAAAAGUUGAAAUCCGAACUGUGAUCAGAGUUCUGGCUUAAUUAAAUAAAAUAAAUUGACAUUCAUUCAAAAUGGCUAAUAAUUCUAUGGGACAAGGUGCUAAUAUGCCAACGAUUGGAACGAUAAAUCAGGGGACUAUUCAGUACGUAAACAAUCCGAUUCAAAGUCCUCAGCUGCAGGCUAGCUCGAUCCAGGGCUCACCAUCGCAGCACAGUCCUAUGGGUACACAGUCCCAGGUUGGAGCUAAAGCCAACCAAAGCGGCGGUGGAGAUCAGACGACGCAGUUGCUAAGCCGACCCCGUCUUCAAGAGUUGGUCCGUGAGGUGGACCCCACAGUACAGCUUGAUGAAGAAGUUGAGGAGAUGUUGCUGCAGUUGGCCGAUGACUUCAUUGACACCACUUUGAAUGCUGCUUGUGCUAUGGCUAAGCACCGGCAUGCUCCUAACGUUGAGUUGAAGGAUGUGCAACUUCAUUUGGAACGACAAUGGAACAUGUGGAUCCCAGGAUUCGGUAAUGACGAGCUCCGGCCGUACAAGCGUGCGGCUGUUACUGAAGCACACAGGCAGCGCAUGGCACUCAUCCGCAAAACCAUCAAGAAGUACUAAUACUUACAAAUAUUGUCUGUGGUUUUUAAUUAUAAGUGUUUAGGUUAUUGUUUUUGAUUAAGAUGUAAUAUAAGUUUGAUUAAAGAUAUUUCAAAUUUUUUACAUA